AUGGCCCACCCCCACGACUACGCCUCCGUCUGGUGGCCCGAGGACAGAAUCAAGGCCGCCCUCGACACCAAGUACAUCGUCAGCCGCCUGCGACCUGAACAUGUCCCUCAGUUGUUCGACCUCCCCCGCUGGGGUGAGGGCCUAACCAGCGAGACGUACAUGGAAUGGAUUCUCCUCAAAGCGGGCCGCCUCUUCUUGAUUCUCGAUGCCAUUGGCAUCCCGGACCGCAUUUUUGCGCUCGUGGAUGAGUCGUGUGAUGAUGACGAUCUGCCGAUCGCCGAGCAGAACGUGGACCGGCUGUGUCUCUCGCCGCAUGGAAAUGAUCUCGCGCUCGAUACCAAAUUCUUCCACACGCAAUGGCGGUACCUGGUUCGUGGGAUUGGCGAAGGUGAACAUAUCACGUAUACGCAAAAUGAGGGUGUGCCGGUAGAAGUCCUCCGCACCACGACCAGCAGCGGCGUCCAGGGUCGGGAUGAUACCGCCGAUAAAGUCGUUCUCGCUGGCGCAGUAUGUCGCGUCUUCCUGCGCACCCAGAUCCAAGUCGGCGGCGCCCCGCAUUUCUUUUCCCAGGAUGAAGUGCUCGAGGAAAUCCGAGCGCUGCGCAAGAUGGCCCAUCAGCAUGUCAUCUCAAUCUAUGCCUCCUACUUCGUCGACGACACGGUCUGCGCUCUCUUCACCGGCGCCGAGACCGACCGCACGCUGCACAGCUUCCUGACCGACGAGCCACCGACCUUCAAACGCCAGCCCAAAGAAUUCCGCCGCCAGACCUUGAUCACUUGGCCGCACUGCCUCGCCUCGGCUCUCACGUGGAUGCAUGCCCACGGCCACCCCCAUGCCGCGAUCCGGCCCUCCAAUAUCCUCGUCGACCCCAAUUUCCACAUCUACCUGGGUCAAUUCCAAGCCCUGGACUCGCUCCUGGCACCACCACGCGUCAACGACCUCGAGGCAUAUCAGUACUCCGCACCCGAGCGCUGGGUCCGCACCGCAGCGCCCACCAUCCAGCCCGUCGCCCCCAGUAAAAUGCUGCUCCCCUCCGGCGGCCGCACAGGACGGCGCAAGAAGCCGUCCAGGCUAGCCCUAACCACCCUCGCCGAGAGCCCGCCACCAUCACCCGACUUUCCACGCCCCGACUCCGCCGCCUCAAAGGGCACAAUGAUCCGCAUCGGGCUCCCAGGCUCGCCCUCACGAUUCUCAUUCGCCUUCUCCUCCUCCUCUUCCUCCGCCGCAUCCUCCUCCGCCGCAUCUUCCUCUGGCUACGCCGAAAGAAACAGAGCCAGCACCUUGCGACAUCACCGCAGCGCGAUCUGGUCCCGGUCUAAAGCCCUACUCGCGACACCCUCAAUAACAUCCUCCAACUCGUCGUCCUCCUCCUCAGCCGCCUCCACCAUCUCCCUCAACUCCUCAACCCCCACCCGCACAAGCGGCUUCAACCCCUCCCUCGCUCCCUCCCAAUCCUCAUCCCAAUCCCAAUCCUUCCACACCUGGCACUCCACCCAAACCAACCCCACAGCCUCAGACCUCUUCUCCCUCGCCGCCAUCAUCCUCGACAUCUUCACGCACCUCUGCAAACGCUCCCUCUCCUCUUUCGCCUCGCACCGCUCCGCCCGCAACCGCUCCGCCGGCCGCGGCGGCGGCAUGGCCGACGCCUCCUUCCACCUCUCCCGCAACGCGGUGCAGGUGCAGUCAUGGAUCGCCCUGUUAGAGGGCGAUGCGCUUAAGCGCUGCCGCCGCGACCGCGGCAGCGACCGCGUGUUCCAUGCCGUGCCGCGCAUGUUGAUGGUUCUGCGGGCGAUGCUGGCCGCGGAGCCGGAGAAGAGGCCGCUGGCACGGCGGGUGACGAAGUGCUUUGCGUCGGCUAUUCGGGAGAUCCCUGUCAAGAGUGGAGAGGGGGUAACGCUGCAUUGCUCGCCCGUUGAGAAGGAGGAGAGGAGGAGGCGGAAGGCGGAGGAGAGGAAGGCGGAGGCGACGAGGGUUGCAGAGCAACAACAGCAGCAGCAGCAGCAGGAGAGGGCCAAGGUGGAUGCGAAGAAGGUCGAGGUCGAGGACCAGGACCAGGACCAGGACCCUGUUCUUGAUUCCUCAUCCGUGUCUGAAUUUGACUUUGGGUUCUCGGAUGCGGCGAGUGAUAGCGAGACCAACGACGAACAGGAUGACCAGGAUGUGGAUGAUCGGGCCAUCCUGGAGGAGGAGGUGCCGAUCCACGUGGACCGGGUGUCGCCGCAGCUAUCGCUGCCGGAUCUCGAUGUGCAUAUUGGCGGGAUAGAAGGCUUGACCUUCCGGGAAAACUGA